AAAAACCGCCGGAAGGUCAUUCACAUUUCACAUCGGCAUCAUAUGCAAAUGAAAAACAACCCGCAAACUUUGCUAACCUAAAACGCAUGUUGUAAUAAUGGUUAUCCAAUUAACUAGCUAUUGUGAUACGAGUUGGUGAUUUGAUUACACCCCAGCAGGUCCGGGUGUAACAAGUGGAGCCCCCGCCAUUCAACUCGUUCAUUCAGAUUCACUCCGAAACCGGUCGCUGCGGCGUGAGGGCGUCCGUUGCCCGCCUACACGCGUUCGCGCGAAAUUUAAGCACAAACAAAAUAGAGUUUUGAGUUUUAUUUUUUUAGCGUCAGUGUUUGUUUUUAAUUACUAUUUUAAUCGGAUUCCUGUUUGCGUGCCAUGUUAGGUAUAUUAUAUUAGUUUAGUAGUAUUUUUAAAAGUGGAUAUAUUAAUGAGAAAAAUGGGUGAGCAAUCGUUAAAUAUGCCGGAUGAGAGUAUAGAGCAGCAUAUAGUAACGUUGUUUGAGAAGUUGGAAGGUUUGAGGAAAGAUGGUAACGAGGGACUGGCUGGUAGAGUGCCGGCUCGAUUGGAAGUGAGGACUCUAUCGCUGUGGAAGGCCGUGCUGGCGGAGUGUGCGGCCUCGUUCUUGUAUGUGUUCAUAGUGUGCGGGGCAGCUAUGGGCGCUGGAGUCGGUGCUUCGGCCUCGGCGAUCCUGCUGUCCACGGCAUUGGCCUCGGGAUGUGCCAUUGCCACGCUGACGCUGUGCUUUGUCAAUAUAUCUGGUGCACACAUCAACCCGGCGGUAUCGGCGGCGCUCUGCGUGCGUAGGCGCGUGUCGCCGUUGCGCGCGAUCCUGUAUGUAGCCGCGCAGUGCGGAGGAGCUAUAGCCGGAGCUGCUGCGAGUUUAGGCCUAAGCAUGCCAGGAUACGGCGGCAGCUUGGCAGCCGCGUUGCCCGGCGCCGGCAGCGCGUGGGAGCGCCUCGGCGCUGAGCUGGUACUGUCCGGGUUGGUGGCGGCGGCUUACUUCGCCGCCAUGGAGCGCCGAUGGAGCGGCGCGGCGCCCGCACUUCUUGGAUCGGCUUACUGCGCAGCGACGUUUGUCUCUAUGCCAUCACUAAACCCAGCGCGCUCGCUAGGCCCUUCGUUCGUCCUCUCCCGCUGGGAGAGCCACUGGGUGAGCUGGGUCGGCGGGCUCGGCGGCGGCGCGGCGUGCGCGCUCCUGCACGAGUGGGGCUCGCGACGCCCGCGCACCUCCUCCCGGGCCUCAUCCCCUCGAGACCUCGACGAUGAUAAGCCAGCUUUCACGCACUACAGACACGCUCCUACGUAUUGUGCAGCCUCAGCUCCAAGGCCGGAUAAUGCGGAGCCGCUGUAUUCGGGCACGAAGAGUCUGUACUGCAGAUCGCCGCCGCCAGCGAGGCACACGCUUCACAGGUCAGCCGGACAGCACGCUCACAUGUCGCAAUCCGUCUACAGCAAAGGCAGCAGCGCCACCACCGCCACCAACGGGCCGGCGACCGUCGCGCCACUGGUCUCCGCGCAAUCAUUACUACUACGGCCGCACGCUACGCUAGCGCACGCGCACGCGCACGUGCCGCACGCGCAGCACGCGCUCACGCAUAACCAGAAUGCGCACAACGCGCAGCGGGAGCCCGCGUACGGGACCGCGAAUGGAGUCAGACCGGGACCUGCUGGAGCCCCCGGCACCGAGCGCCGCGACUCCCUGUACAGCGGGCGGCGCGGGCCGCUGUCCUCGGAGGACUCGGCCUACUCCACGUACUCGCGCUCCAACUACCGCCCCGACCACUACUAGCGACGCGCCUCGCAGCACAACAUUGCGCUGCUCUUCGACGUCUAAUGACGUUGGCGUUACGUCUGACUGGACGUCUAAUCGGGACACUGACUUAACUAACGCCUCUGUCACGCCCGAGUGACAAACGUUACAGUGCAACAGUGAUUUUUAAAGCUAUGGCUUUAAGUGCUGCCGAUUGGGGCACAAAGUUUUAGUAGUUAGGUACAGACAGCGCUGUGUGACAAGCGAGAUUCCAAAAGUGUGCAUAUAGCGGGUUGUGCCGUGCAGCUUCCAUUUGAACACAUGCAAACGUAUUUUUAGCGGCCUCAGUGCACGCUGCACGCUCCGCCGAACGCCCCGCUACGCUGGACGCUCGCCACUGAGGCAAUACACUAAUGUUUCAGUAUCGUAGUUAGUAGUUAGCAUAAAUAAAGAAUUUAAAUUGUAAAGCAAAACAUAUUGCUCGUAUCUCGUAUACUAGGUAGCUAGAGUCAGUCCAAAGCUAACUCUGCAUCUACUUGUCAACUUCGCAUUGGCAAGCGACAGAGUAGUGCCACGGUAACCGUCAAAUUCCUAUGAAAACGUAACGUGAAAGUGGUAAAGUCGUCUGUACAGAAUUAACUUAGAGGAACUCUACCUGCUUGUAGUUAAAUAUGAAAUAGAGUUUAAUCCGUGAAUAAACCUAUAUCAUUCGAUCUAAAGCUUAUGGGCUCUCUCCGAGCGAAGCGGGAAAGGCCAUACAAUCGAGUCCGCGAUAAGGAAGGUCUUCGAGUCAAAAAGUUUGGAGUCUUCAAAAUUAGACACAUUAUAAUUGACAUUAGCUACCUACCACAAGAUUGAUUAUCAACACUAGGUGUAAAAGAUGCAUUUAAUACUUAUUAUUAUUGUAUUAUAACAACGAAUUAGUAUCGUAGAAAUGUCAUCUAACUGUAUUAUUAAGCGUAUAACGACUGUAUUAUUAUUAUCUUUUUAACAUGACCAUUUAAUAUUGUUUCAAACAUUUGCAUAAAACUAUAAUUGAAUGACCUCUCAUUUUUUUUAUACCACGUCGGUGGCAAUCAAGCAUACUGCCCGGGUAUGCAGUUACCGUAGCCUAUGGACGCCUGCAACACCAGAGAUAUUACACGCGCGUUGCCGACCCUUUAAAAACCUGUACACUCCUUUUUUGAAGAACCCCAAACUGUAGCCCCUCGGGAAAACCUCGGCAGGGAGCUCAUUCCACAGCCGAAGCGUCCGCGGGAGGAAAUUCCUCUUAAACCGCACAGUACGCGACCAUUUUGGUGCUAGGGUGUGAGGAUGAAUACCCUGCCGAUUUGUGCCAUUUUGUGUUAUGUGACGAUUAUGUCCAAACUUCGGGUUAAUUCGUUCGUAUAUAAACGAUAAAGAUUUAUUAUAUUUUCUUGCGGAAAUUAUAUAUGUCACAUUUAUCCGGAUCGAAGGACUGGGUCA